AUGAUUGAUGGCUGUCACAUGAUCUGCAAGGCAGAAACUGGUCAAAGCAGUGCUGAGGCUCGUGUUCCUGCACAGUUGGAAAACCUUGCGGACCAACAUAGUGGAGGGGACAUAGAGAAUCCUGUCCAUGGUUGCAUUUCAGUGGUGCAAAAUUUGCAUUCAAAAUUCUGGAAACUUACAGGAAAAUUAGUGCCACAGAUCAAGCACAUCCAAGAGAUAAAAGUGAUACAUCAUCAAGCAGUUCAACUUGUGAAACUCCUUUGUAUGGAAAUUGUGAAAUUGGAUUACUCAAAAGCUGCGUCAAUAUUUGGAGUUUCACUAAAAGUUGCAGCAAUUACUGGGGUUCGUGAAGUUGUUGAAGAGAUUUUAAGUUCAUUUCCUGGUGCAAUUUAUCUUAAAAAUGAGUUUAACCAGACAAUUUUCCAUCUUGCAAUUGUGAAUCGUCGUGAAAAUAUUUUCAAUCUGGUUUAUCAAUUCGAGGAAUUUAGCAACCUAUUUAUCUCAACAGUAGAUAGCACAAUGAAUAAUGGUCUACAUUUGGCUGGUUGUUUGGAAAGUCAACAGAAACUGAAUCUCAGAGCUCGUGCCGCUGGUGCAGCUCUACAGAUGCAACUUGAAUUACAGUGGUUUAAGGUAACAAAUGAAUCUUUUUUAUAA